CUCCCGGAAUUGCCUGGCCCUCCAUCAUCUGGCUCCGAAUCCGAACAAGAUGCUGAGCCUGUCGGCCAGGUAGCAGUGUUGAAAACACCACGACCGCCUGGCGCUUGGGCCUAUACUCCCGCUCCACGACUUGCCAGAUCGAACUCUCUGCCAGUAGAGGAAGAAACUAAUGGUGGUCCAUCCUCUCCUGAGAACUCGACUCCAUUGGCACGCACCACUUCUCUGCCUCCACAGACACCUGCCCCUCCCGGUGGAUGGCUUAUGACGCCUAAAAAGAGCGUACGAUUUGAUCCACCACCUGCAGAUUCUGACCAGUCUGGCGCCGAGAUAACACCGAAUUCGUCUGCAGACUUUCGUGAAGAAACUAUACAUAAUGAGCAACGCCCCUCCCGCACGACUAGAGAGAAUGGGAUCUUGAAGCCAUCUUCUGUUCUCAACAUUGAUAGCAAUAUACCGGAUAUACCACCUACACCUGUAUCACCCUCCAAAUCUCGAAGGAUGCCGACUGUAAACUUCGUGGAUGAAUAUGGCCAAGAAGAGAAACCAGAUAAGAACCACGGUUCUCCUCGUAAUCGCAGUGCUGUUCGAAUAGUGGAUGCGAUGGGACGCGAAGUAGAUGACAGCAUAGUUUCCCUUGAGGAGCCUUUAACGCGGACGGAAGGCGGUCAGUCAUAUGCGACAGGGCUUGUCGGAAAUUGCGCAGGACUUAGAGGAUGUUUUCCAGUAAGUCUCCCUUUUCGUGCGAUAAAUACAACCAUCAGCUGA